AGCAACCAGACCUCCUCACCCAUCAACCACCAUGUUAACCUCCACAUCAUCACCUUCCUCCUCACUCCACUACCCAAUCCUCCACUCCAAAACCCCAACCCUCAAAUUCCAACCAAACUAUCUCAAACUCCGACCAAACCCAAAACCUCAACUCCACCUCGGAGCCUCGGUCCUCACCUCCAAACGUUGUCCCAACAUCGUUGCCAUGAGCAAGUCCCCCAAAGUGGAGGAGCAGAAGUUCAGCGCCGAGGGUCUUGUCACUGAGUCUCUCCCGAAUGAAAUUGCAGAUAAACUUCGGCGACAACAUACUUGCUGCGUUAAGUACCUUACUAGUACUUCCACAAUCAAGAACAAAAUUUCAAGCACAUUGCAAUUUAAAAUGGAACGAAGCUACAAAAACCAAGAAGUUUGGAUUUUACCACGAAAACUGAAUCUGCGGCGCCAAUGUAGUGAUUCCUAGAACCGUAGUUUGAUUGUCCCUGAUGCGGUGAUGCCAAUGGUUAUGGUAACCCAAGUAAUAUUGUUGGUGUAAGUUCCGAGUGAAAAUGGCUUAGGGUGUUUUGAAGUUCAGCUUUUAGCCAGUGAGAUCCUUUCGGGUGCAGGGUGCUUGAUGUUUUUGUUGGUCAUUUUGGUGGCUCUGGGAUAUGCUGUUCCACUU